UCAGUUGGAAAUUACUAGGGCCAGGAUGUGGAAGGCUGCUGGGCAGGCUGACAAGAGUGAACGCUCACGGGGGAGGGCCUCUCUCACCUGGAUGCUGUUCUUUCCUGGCUUUCCAACAGCGGGUUGGCUGGAGGGGAGCUGUCAGCCUGGACGGAGAGAAGUGGGAGACAGGAAGGAGGUUUCUAGGUCUGUGGUGCUGACCUAAUUCUGGAUGAUGUUUUCACUGAAUGAGCUGAUUAUUUUUAUACUCUUUUCUGGGAUUGAGGAGACAGAAGAAGGCUGAAGACAGGCUGAUGGGCUCAGUUGGUAGGCUCCACUACCUCACCAUGACUGCCGAAAACCCCACACCUGGAGACCUUGCUCCGGCCCCCCUCGUCACUUGCAAACUGUGCUUGUGCGAACAGCCUCUGGACAAGAUGACCACACUCCAGGAGUGCCAGUGCAUCUUUUGCACAGCUUGCCUGAAACAGUACAUGCAGCUGGCAAUCCGAGAAGGAUGUGGGUCUCCCAUCACUUGCCCUGACAUGUUGUGCCUAAACCAUGGGACCCUGCAGGAAGCUGAGAUUGCCUGUUUGGUACCUGUGGAUCAGUUUCAGCUUUAUCAGAGGUUAAAAUUUGAACGAGAAGUUCACCUGGACCCCCACCGAACGUGGUGUCCUGUUGCAGACUGUCAGACAGUGUGCCCCGUUGCAGCAAGUGACCCGGGACAGCCGGUGCCGGUGGAAUGCCCUUCCUGCCACCUGAAAUUCUGUUCAUGUUGCAAGGACGCGUGGCACGCCGGGGUCUCCUGCAGGGACAGCCAGCCCAUCGUCCUGCCAACUGAGCACGGGGCCCUCUUUGGGACAGAUGCAGAAGCCCCCAUUAAGCAGUGCCCAGUGUGCCGAGUUUAUAUCGAACGCAAUGAAGGCUGUGCCCAGAUGAUGUGCAAGAACUGCAAGCACACGUUUUGCUGGUACUGCCUGCAGAACCUGGACAAUGACAUUUUCCUCAGACACUAUGACAAAGGACCAUGCAGGAAUAAGCUGGGCCACUCGAGAGCCUCAGUGAUGUGGAACCGCACACAGGUGGUGGGAAUUCUGGUGGGAUUGGGCAUCAUCGCCUUGGUGACGUCACCAUUGUUACUUCUGGCCUCCCCGUGCAUAAUCUGCUGUGUCUGCAAGUCCUGUCGGGGCAAGAAGAAAAAGCACGACCCGUCUACAACCUAAGAUGAUCUCUGCGUGCACGUGCCACAAACGUCUGGGUUACCUGAGACAGCACAGCGCUAAAGCCCCACUUAGUGAUCUUGCCUCCUUCCCCUUGCCAAACUUUGGAAGUGCCUCUGCGUCCAGACUUUGAACUUGCCUUCCAGCCUCAGCAUCAGAAGAGGCUGCGUCAGUCCUGGGUGCAAGUGUUCCAGUGUCACCAGAGCUGCCACCGCCGCCCCAGGCUGUGCCCGCGGAGCACGUGGGGAGCGUUGGGGUUGCUCGGGAGGAACUAACCAACCAUUUUAUCAUCUGGACGAUCCCACUGGACUGUUCAUCUUCCAGCCAAAUCCAAGGAGGCUGAGCAAACGUUUCAUAUAAUAAACGUGUUGUCGCGGUUGGCAACAUUCAUGCUAACUGAGAAGAAGAGUCUGCUCUGUUUGAUUUGAGCACCCUGAGAAACGGGGAAACCCGCUGUAGGAGGGGAAGGCUAAGACUGCGUGUGAGAAAUUCUCCCAAGAGCUACAAAGCAGGCUGCUUAUCUGAGCAGCUGAUAGUUGUGCCUCUGCCCGUUACUGGGUGUGCUGUUCCCAACGUUCCCACAGUGACUUGGCAGAAACACAAUGGGUUUCUCUUCCUGUGAUCUCAGCUUCAAGCAGUGGAGACUGCUGUGCAGAGGGAAUUGGCCCUUCCCAGUGAAAGGGCUGCGGCCCAAAAACAACGCGGUCUAAUUUAAGUGUCUCUCCUUUGGCAAAGGUUACUUUGCUAAGGUGGCCAGCUUGUCUGUCACAGCCAGUAGCUGUGGCCUGAGGGAUUGGUUCAUAUGAAAUAGGGGUCAAGUGGUAGAGGCUCAGAACAUUCAUCACAGAUGACAAGGACCUUCCCUGGGCUCUUGUGUUCACACACCCAACAGACCUGGGUCUGAAAGUACACGACAGAGUCCAUAUGUCCACCUAGAAGCCCUGUGGCUUGCAGCCUAUCUGGAAUGUCUACCCACUGGGCACACAUUAUCUGCUCGAUAGUAGAAACAAAUAUUUCCCUAAAAGCCAUUCUCUCGUCCUAGAAUUAAAAUGGCUCAUUA